AUGGAGAAAUCCAAAGCACUUGUGGACUUCCCCGAGAGAAGUCCCAUGUCCCAUAACCCCGUGUCUCAAGGGAAGAGAAUCCAACUGAAACAUGGGGACUUUGACCAGAAUGUAGGAAAAGGAGGGUCUGGAACUCCACAGCAUCAGAACAGCAACGCUGAGGGCGGACCUGAGGCCAGUGACGACAAGUUAGAAGCCUGGAGGUGCCGGCACAAAAGACGUGAUAACUGCGCAGUCAAUGGCGGUAACAGCCAGGGGCACGGAAAGAAGAAAGCUCUAGAAGACCUCUUCACUGAGGACACAACGUGUUCCCAGGACGGCUCUGGCACAAACCUUCUCAACCUCGGUCCGCCAGGGCGCGGAGAGGGGUGGUGGUAUGCAAAGAAGCCACUUUGUCCUGAUGUCUUUGGAGAUACUACGGAUGAGUCGGGAGUUCUCCUCUGGGUAAAAGCAGAACCAUUUAUAGUGGGUGCCUUGCAAGUCCCACCCCCCUCCAAAUUCAGUCUUCACUACCUCAGGAAGAUAGCCUCCUGUGUGCGGACUCGGGCCACAGAAGGCGCCUACCCACGCCUGUACUGGUCUACGUGGAGACACAUAGCAUGUGGAAAGCUGCAGCUGGCCAAGGAGCUAGCAUGGCUUUACUUUGAGAUAUUCGAUAAUCUUUCAGUGAGGACACCUGAGGAGCGCCUGGAGUGGUCUGAAGUUUUGUCCAACUGCACGACCGAAGAAGAAGUGGAAAAGAAAAGAAAUCAGCUUUCAGUGGAUACCCUGCAGUUUCUGCUCUUCUUGUACAUCCAGCAGUUAAACAGGAUCUCCCUGCGGACAUCUUUGAUUGGGGAAGAGUGGCCCAGUCCCAGAAGCAGACCGCAGUCUCCUAACCUAACUGAAAGGACCAGUUGUAAUAAUAAGAAUUGGAACGACUACAGUCACCAGGCUUUUGUCUGUGACCAUCUGUCGGAUCUCCUCGAGCUGCUUCUAGACCCAGGACAACUUAGUGCGUCCUUCCACUCAACCCACAGCAGUGUGCUCUCUCAAGACGCCAUCCCGGCGCUCAGCUUCCUCAUUGAGGGCACCGUGAGCAGAACCAGGAAGGUCUACCCCCUUCAUGAACUUGCACUGUGGCAGCCGCUGCAUGCAGAAAGUGGCUUCUCGAAGGUCUCGAAGACGUUCUCUUUAUACAAGCUGGAAGCCUGGUUGAGAGCCUGUUUGACUGCAAAUCCCUACUGCCCAUCCGCUUGCCUCAAGUCUGGAAAGAAAUUGGCUUGGGCUCACCAAGUUGAAGGUGUGACCAAAAGAGCAAAGAUUACUUGCAAUACUCGCGGGGCCCCUUGGAUACACCGCAUGGUGGUGAUGAGCCAGGUACACAGGCAAACUCUGGUCAAGAGCUCAGACACUCUAGCAGGAGCACACGUCAGGGUUCAUCGCUGCAAUGAGUCUUUCAUAUAUUUGCUCUCCCCCUUGCGAUCCGUGACAAUUGAAAAAUGCAGGAAUAGCACCUUUGUGCUGGGUCCUGUGGAGACGGCUCUCCACCUACAUGACUGUGAGAAUCUAAAGGUCAUUGCUGUCUGCCACCGGCUGUCCAUCUCCUCUACAACUGACUGCACCUUCCACAUUAUGACACGGUCACGCCCACUCAUUCUCUCUGGGAACCAGAGAGUAACUGUGGCCCCGUUUCAUACCCAUUACCCAAUGCUAGAGGACCAUAUGGCCAGGACUGGCCUUGCUACGGUCCCCAAAUACUGGGAUGACCCGAUGGUUGUGUGCAGAGAAAGCCGUGAUGCAAGAGUCUUCCGGCUCUUGCCACCUUGUGAGUUCUACGUGUUUAUUGUUCCCUUUGAGAUGGAAGGGGACAUGGUGGAGAUCCCUGGGGGUCUCCCCUCGGAGCACCAGAAAGUGCUGGCUCAGAGAGAUCAGAAGAUUCAGAUCUGGCAGAAAACUGUGAAGGAGGCUCGUCUGACAAAGGAGCAGAGGAAGCAGUUCCAGGUCCUUGUGGAGAACAAGUUCUGCGCAUGGUUGAUUGAGACAGGUCUUGGGAUAAGAAUCAGAUCAGUGGGCGCGGCAGGAAGCACCUAUAUGUACCGAGCCAUCUCACCAGCCUGA